UCUCUCUUUCUUUCUUUUUUUUUAACAACGUCUGUACCCGCGUGUUACAUGAAGCAGAUCAACAGCUGAUCGUUUAUUUUGGACGGAGACAGGGCACGCGUGGAUUUGACAACGUGAUAAGACGCAGUUGUUAAAUUGUUAGCACGUUUCUAUCCAACAUUUUUAUCGUGAAGAACAUUCGCUGUAAGAACUGUGAGAAGAUUGAGACCCCUGACGUGAACUUUGAGAUUGUAAGGCUCAUAUCUCUUUACAAGAAGAUACACAAAGAAAAACACAAUUGAGUGGAGGAGAACCAGGAGUAUGUCGACGUCAUCGGAGAGCAUUACGAUUAAGCAGCCCAUUAGACGAUUAGAAAUUCAGAUUAAUAAUUUCAACGUUGCCAUACCGCAUCAUGUAAAUUUACUGAAACGACACAAGAACAAUAUUAGGAAGUAUCAAGAGCAGCACGAUUGGGAACAGGUGCGGAGGGAACAUGUAAAUGUCAUUCGAAUCAUUAAGCAACUCAAAGAGUUGUUGUACCAGAUGGAUACUCUUAGAGCACAGGUUCUCGAUGUUGACAUUGGUAAAUUUGAUAAAUUAACGACGGACGCACGAAAAAGCAUCAUGAACGCGAUCAAGGAGUAUUUAGAGAUGGAAUUAAAGUUUUCGAUAUUGCCAGUCAUGUCGCCUGAAAGUGAACCACGGAAGACCCAACAUCCACUCAAUGACAGUGGAGUGCAAUUACAAGUGGAUGAGGAAGAUUUGCAACGUCAACAGACAUGUCUACACGAUUGGAAUCGUUUGCAAGGGGAAAUACAACAGUUGCACGAGCUCUUUGUUGAAUUUAAUAAAGUUGUACAUGAUCAGAAAGAGAUGGUAGAUAGUAUGGAAGGCAAUAUCGAAGAGGCUCAAAUAAAUGUGAACGAUGGUUCAAGAUACCUACAGAAGGCUUCUGCAUGUUCAGUUGUUACAUAUCCUUUAGCAGGUGCUAUGCUUGGUACAUGCAUUGGAGGACCUAUUGGUUUGAUAGCUGGACUGAAAAUCGGUGGUCUUGCUGCUGUGGGUUGUGGUAUUUUAGGUUUCACAGGGGGAUCAUUUUUGAAAAAGAAACAAAUAGAAUCACUAAAACAAGAUGCAUGUUUAAAUAAAUCGACCUCAUUAGAUCUCAAGAGUGUUAAAAAAUCUGCAUCUUGUCCCGAAGAUUUAAGACAAGAUAAAAAACAGUUGUGACAAACGGUGACUUUGUCAACAUGCGACAUUAAUUUUAAACAUAAAAAAAAGUGUAUUGUUAUAUAAUUGUAAAUUAUUAAGAUACUUUACAUUUUUUGUGGGCAUAUUUUUUAUUUGUACAUAAAAUAUGUAUAAGUUUUGUAAAGCUAUGUAGUUUAAAAAUUCUUUGAAGCAGAUUUUUUGACUUUUAUGGUGUAUUUAUAACUUUGUAUAUUUGAAAAAAACAAUGACUAGUUUUGUUCAAGCUAGUCUUGUGAUUUUUUUAAAAUAUGUGUAAUUUACUGUAUUAUAAGAUUAUUGUACUUCACAUCAUAGAACUUUAAAUACAUGCACAGCCAAAAUCAAACUAAA